GGUGGCGUCACCUGCUGGGAGGGCUGCUCCUCGCCGAGCGGGCUAUCGGAGUGUGUGCGAGCGGGCCUCCCGGGCAAGCCUUCUGGAGAGGCGCGGCUCGUGCAGAGGCCUCUCCCCCGCCCUGCACGAAACACCUACUCCAGAGCGCCUGGUCUCCCCCCCCAACACGCAUCAGUUGCCAUGCUGGGGCUUGAUGAGCAGGGACCGACCUUCCGUUGGUAGGAACCCUAAAAGCUUCUUAGGACAUGGCUUGCUAGGCCUAUAGGCACGCCACGACGCUUCGCCACUGCUUGAAGAAGUUCGCUUGUGCGCGAGAAUGGCAGCGUGUGCAAGGCUGGCAAGACCAGCCACGGGACAGAGAACUCAAGUGCGCACCCAUCUCCAGCAGAGCUCCCGUGAUGCCGCCCCAAUCAGUCGUUGAGAGUGCGGGUGUUGUGCCAAGCAGGGAUGGCGCCGUUGACCGGGUCCCCGUCCCCCCACCCGCCCAUAACCUAACCUGUAGUCAUUCACGUAGGUCUGGCGGCGUGUCUAAUUUGCGUGCUCCAUGGUGGAAUUGCGCCGGGCAGCGAAGGCGGUCAGCACCCACCCUCCCUCCAGGAUGACCCUGCCUACCGCGGGAUAUAAGCCCCCAAACUGCCAAACAAGGAGGAAGUGCAAGAUGAAGAGGGAAAGCACUCACGGCAACAGCUGGCGACAGAGGGGAGCACAGACGGCGGCCAACCUACAGCAGGGCACUCACUGCUGCUAUGGGUCCUUGUUGCCAGCAGCGUCGCCGCUCGCAGCGUCGCCCUGUCGCCCAGACGCUUUCUGUCCACUGUGCUGGUCGUCAGGGCUGCGGGAGGCUGCGUGCUGCGUGAGCGCCCUCGCCUGCGCCUGCAUGGUCAUCUUGAUGCCGCGCCUGGCUUUCAUGGCCUUCGCGGCCUUGGCCGCCUUCACGGCCUCAAAGGCCCGCUGCAUCUCUUCGUCACCUGUACCACGGUGGCUCAUGAUGUAGCGAGGCGCUGGUAGCCAAUGGCUUGAGCCACAGCGGCU